AGGUGCUUCCUCUUUUAUUUGAUUUUGCACCGCAAUACUCACUUCGCCUGUGAUGAUGUUCAAGUAGUCGCAUGCGUAACACUGGUUCGGAAAUCUUCGAUCAAGGCAGUCCACGAACGCUAUCGUCAUACACCACUAACAUUCCCCACUCGCUCACACCCAUCCCUCGAACAUGACCUUUGUCUCGAACGAUCCUGCUUGGUGGCCGUUCAUGAAUGUGACUGUGACUCAAAUUUUUUCCUACUGGACAGUUGCCACCGGCGUCGUGGUAGUAUACGAUUGGGUCUUAACACUCGGACAAGAGAUUGAACUCAUCUGGAGAAAACGCUGGUCUUUCAUGACUCUGCUGUAUUUGAUUAUACGCUAUAUUGGAAUACCAUAUUCUGUGUAUGUGUCGAGACCAACAACUUUGCACUGUGGUAAUUGCUCAUCUCUGACAACUAGUGUCAAUAUUCUGUGUAUGUCUCAUUGCGCCGUGUUCCAUUUUUCUGACCGGCGGGACACAGGAAAUAUGCCAUCAAUAUCGCUGACAGAUGCAGUAAUUUUAGGCGCUAUCAUGUACUACACAGUAAAUGGGACAAAUGUGGCCUUGACUGCCAUGUUUGGCGUCAUCAUGAUUGCUCGGUUGUAUGCCAUGUAUCAAGGAUCUAGAACGAUGCUCAUCUUCCUUGUUAUUAUAUUUCUGGCUGUUAUCAUUGCCUGCGGAUCGAUCUCGGCAGUAGAAUUCAAGUAUACUGUACCAGAGGAGGUGAUACUCCCUGGCACGCAUAUAUGCGGUUAUGGACAUGAAGGGGACAUGCCGCUUCUGUUUUCAAUGGUUUGGAUGCUCAACACUGUUUGGGAGGUCCUCGCAUUGUGUCUUUCAGUCUGGGUGGCUGUGAAACACUUCCGUGAGCUGCGACGACUUGGCCCAUCGACAGGAUCAACCAUUGGGGACUGUUUCAGAGUGCUGAUACAAUCUCAUGUUCUUUAUUUUGCAAGCUUUGUCGGUGUCUCUUGCCUCCAACUUGCUGUUAUCUCUGCGAAAAUCUCGAAUAUUGUCGGUCUGAUACUUGGUGGCACUGUUCAAAUUUUAUUGGUCGUGCAGAUGUUUGUGCUGGGACCACGCCUCAUCCUGAGCAUUCGAGAAUACCACGCCAAACUCGUGGCAUACUCCGAUGCAGAAACUAGCAUGAAUUCGAUUGUUUUCCAGGAACGCGUACAUGUAUCAACUAGCAGUACUGUAUAGGGACACGCUUGGGUCUAGACCAGUGCGAAAGUUCACAUUUUAAUCCAUAUUAGAAGUCGACGACACAAACAGCGAUGCCCUAGUUCUAAUAAGAUGUGAUAGCAGUCGCAAGA